AUGGCAGUGCUGAGCAGAAAACCGCUUGUCCCUUUGGUCAAGGCGAAGGGGGUUUGGGCGCGCCGGAAUGGCGGUGUCAAGAGGAGGUUCGCGCAGCUGGGGGGGGAGAGCGGCCCUCCGGUUAGCGGUUUCCAACGUGGAGAUGGCUCCUCUCCUGCUAGCAGCUUCCAACCUGGAGAUGGCUCCUCUCCUGCUAGCAGCUUCCAACCUGGAGAUGGUUCUCCUCCGGCUAGCAGCUUCAAACGACGCGAGCACACAAAAAUGAAUGACUUCCACUAUUUCAAUAUCUUCCUCCUUGGGGGCAGCGACUUGGUUAAGCUAACAUCAACGUACAAUUUUUGCGAAAACAAAAACAUGUACGCGUGCAUACUGCUCCAUCUCAGCAGUGUGUAUGACUCCAUCCCAGUUAGGGAUGUCGUUAAAGUGUUAAGAAAUAUCCUUCAGCAGAACAAGGCAUCCUUUUCGCACCACUUGGUCAAGGGCAAGAGAAUCAUCGACCUAUAUAAACAUGUGUGUCGCCAUAUGGACAAAUUGAAUACAGACGAAGUGAUUGACUUGCUGAAAUGUGCCUGCUACACGACACAGGAGUUUCCUCUGGAAAGUAUCCGACUGCUAGGGAGAGUUAUCCUUGCGAAGCCUCUGGGCUCUUUCCAUCCCAGACAGAUAAACGAGAUCUGCUCCUGCUUAAUAAAAAUGAAGAAUGAAUUUUCUCUGAGGAAGCUUACUUAUGACGAUGCACUGCAUGUUAAGAUGUGCGAGCAUGUCAGGGGAAGAAUCGUGGCCUGCGAUGCGAAGGACUUCUUUGCGUACCUACCCGUGUAUAUUAGCCUCGCCAGGGAAACCCAUCCCGGCGGUUCGGUUACCUCUCCCAUUGGUGCUGCCCCCUCUAAUGCUUCUUCCCCUCCUAGUGCUUCUUCUCCUCCUAUGGCUGCUUCCCCUCCCGAGGAGAGCAAGCUGAGGAAGACAUGCGAACUGAUCUUCCUGAAUCACCUGAACGAGCUCAACCGGGAGUCCCUCCUCGGAUCCGUGAGCAUCUUAAAAUGGCUAGAUUUGAGAAACCACUCCAUUUUUCUCCACAUGUGCGAUGCGUUCCUUCAGCAUACAUUCAGCUUGGACACAAAAUACGUGGUGCGUUUUUGGAGGAAGUGCCACAGUUUGAGAUUUAAGAAGGGGGCACAGAGGGGUGACGUCGGUGAGGGGAAACGAACUGUAUCCUCGGACGAAACGGUUAGUAGUAGGAGCAUUUCAGGGUUUAGGGUCCCCCCCCAUGGUGAGGACCCCCCCAUGGAUUAUCCCGUUACACUUCAAACGGGGGGAGCUCUAUCGGAGGAGAGACCCCACUUGGGGGGAAAAGAAGAAAAAGGAGAAAAAGACGAAAAGGAAGAAAAGGACGAAAAAGAAGAAGAAGGUAGUAAUGUCUUGUUGAGCUUUAUUAACACCAAAGUGUAUCACAUGACCCCCCCUCAAUUAAGUCGAGUCACCUACGGCCUCUACAGUUUCGUAGAAAACAUGAGGCAGUAUUCUCAUCUGAGUAGCUUGAGGAACAAUAUGAAUCUCCUAUUUUCCAUGGCUGUGCAGUAUGUGUUGAAUUACCUGGAUAGGGGGGCUCGACAGCACGAUGGGGUCUCCCCAAGUGGCGUCAUCCCGAAAGGUACUACUCAUUUGCCACUCACAUCCGAAGCGGAUCAUCGUAUCAAUAUUAACAUGAACACAGAUUAUGUGUACAUCUCUUCGUCCGGUGUGCAUGUGAGCAGGGACAAUCGGGGAGGGGUCCAUCUCCCGUCAGAUAACUGCCCCACAGAGGACGGCUCUCAAAAGGACUUCUCCCCAAAGGACUGUCCUCCUACAGAGGGCCCCUCCCCCCGGCGAAUCAACCUCACGCACCUGUGCGACAUCCUUCUGAACAUUAGCUACCUCAAUACAAGCCAGAACCACCGAAAAAUGAAGGACGCCUACGAAUGUGUAAAAAAAAUCAUCACUCAGGAGCAGGACCACCCACUGCAAUUGGACCAUCUUUUGUCCCUCCUACUUUCCAUGUCAAACUUUUAUCACCGAACAAGAGACAAUUAUGUUUUCCAUUCGUACAAACAGAUCUUGCGUUUGCUGGAGAUGAAGAAGCUCAAAUUCAAUACACACCAUUUUAAUAGACUCUCCAUAGCUAUUACUCCUUUGUUACAGGAAAAGAACAACUUACUUGGGAGCUACGUCAACCUCAUUUGCUUCUUUAUUGAGAAUGAGGUGGUUCCCUUGAGGUCAUGUGUGUUUACAAUGCAGCAUGUGAUGAAGAAGAUCAGUAUCAAGGUAGGCGAUCCGCUCGUGACGCUUCUGCUGGUGAUCAUUCGCCGCAUCGAUAGGUUUCUGCGCGAUGUACGUGCGCACAUUGCGAGCAGCAGCGCUGAGAAGAGAAGCGGUGAGAACAGCUGUGGCGACCGUGAUGACCAAGUCGACCUUGAUAACCAAGUCGACCAUGAUAACCGAGUCGACCGUGACGACCUUCACCAUAGUGACAGCCCAGACAGUAGUGCUAAUCGCGACGCGUUCAGGCGAUUCCUCCUGCUGCACUCAAUCAAUGAAAGCACGCUCACCUGCGUCCUCGUCAGCCUGUCGCUCAUUUUGCAAAAUGCCAAGUACGGCACGGGGGACAGGGACGAGGCCGCGGCCCUUCUCUGCAGAGUGGUCUCCUACGUGUCAACUGGUUCGCUAGAAAAAAUCCCGAAGAAAUACAUUCACGAGGGUCUGCUGGAUGCACUUCCCCCCGAUGAUAAUAGAGUUAAGAAGGUUCUACUGAGUAGGGUGUAG